AGUGUUCAGACGCAGUCCGUGCAGAUGUUUCCACUUUCUUCUACCUCCUCCGUCCUCUUUGGAUUCCUGUGCUGGCUGCGGAGACGACGACAAUGAGGAUUGAUGGUUGCUGUUUGGACUCUGAAAAAAUACAAAAAAGAUACAUUGUGUAGGACAAAUGGUGAAGUCCUCCAAGCAGAGAUGCUCCAGAGAUCUCGUGCUACUUCACCCCCUGUUCAAUACGCUAGUGAAGCUACAUGAGGAUAGUUAUGAUGAGGAGAAGGAGAUGCUACUUAAAAGGAGACGUGCUGUGCACGAUUCUUUUACUGGUGCUCUUCUCUGUGUUGCUCUACUUGCGACAGGUUCUUCUGUCCUCUGGGUGGGACAAGCCAGCAUGGAAGCUGGAGAUCCUUCGCCCCACCAGUUCCAGUCGGAGCCUGCUGGGAACCAACGGAGCCAGAGUGGCCCAGGAGUCCCGGCCGAAUACAGUCAAGCCCUCUGAGCCUCAGCUACCUCCCUGUGAACACAAGCCAAAACGGCCUAAGCCCAAGUCCAAAGCUCAGUCUAAAUCCAAAGGAAGGUCUCAGUCUCGACAGAAGAGCAUCACGCCGACCAAGAUGACCGGUGCUCCCCUGCCGACAAUGCCGCUCUUUGACUUUGUGGGCUAUCUGCGAGACAAGGACAACCGCAACUUCCAGCUGCUCAUAGAUCAACCACAGAAAUGUCAGCUGGGAAGAUCCCAAAAAGCUGGAGAAAGUCGUGAGCUCUACAUGCUCAUUGCAGUCAAAUCUGUAGCUGCAGAUUUUGAAAAGCGGCAGGUGGUACGUAGGACCUGGGGUAAAGAAGGCAGGUCUAUUCGUACUGUCUUCCUGUUGGGGGUCCCCAAGAAUCGCACUGCUUUGCCUCUGUGGGAUCAGCUGCUGACCUACGAGAGUCAAACCUUUGAGGACAUCCUGCUGUGGGACUUUGAAGACACCUUCUUCAACUUGACCCUAAAGGAGACCCACUUUCUGGAAUGGGUCAACCACACCUGUCCUCGCGUCAAGUUCAUCUUCAAGGGGGAUGCUGACGUUUAUGUGAAUGUAGAGAACAUCCUGGAGAUGCUGCAAGGUGAAAAGUCAGACAAUGAUCUUUUUAUUGGGGAUAUAAUUGUCAAUGCCAAACCCAUUCGGCGCCGCACUUCCAAGUACUAUGUGCCAGAGUUUGUGUACGGCAGUGCUUUAUACCCAUCUUAUGCCGGUGGAGGAGGCUUUGUCAUGUCUGGGUAUACAGCACGGAGACUCAGCGCUUCCUGUCAACAGGUGGAGCUGUUCCCCAUCGAUGAUGUGUUUCUGGGAAUGUGCCUCCAGCUGAUCGGCAUCAAGCCAUCGCGCCACCACGGUUUUCGGACCUUCGGCAUUCCCCGUCCAUCUGCAGCACCUCACCUCCAGACCUUCGACCCGUGUUUUUACCGGGACCUCAUGGUGGUUCACAGCCUCACUGUGCCCCAGAUAUGGCUCAUGUGGAACCUGCUGCAUGACCCCAAACUGAGCUGUCACAACAGGACCAGACCGACAUCAGGAUCAUUCAAGUGGAGGAUGGGCGAUUCAGAAGGGGAAGGGGAGACUGACUAUGAUGAGAAGCAGGUCUUUGUCACGCAUGAUCAACUUCCUGUAGGGAAGAUGUAGAAUAAAAUAAGACAGGCUUCUUGAAAGGCCCGAAUUCAGCACAGAUCAGUCACGACACCUAAGCCAAGUCGGCAGACGAGCAAAAAGAACUUAAAAUAGACAAACAUGCUUCAGUUUGUUUUGUUUUCUUUACCUUAAGGAGGCAUUAAGAAAACAUUCAGGCUCUUAGUAUUUAAUGUAACAUCAAAUGACUGCUGUCGCAUGGUUGGUAUGAAACAGUCUUCAAUGUCUUACAAAUGUGUUGUCAUUGUUUACAUAUAAACACACAAUGCUAAAAUGGAUCGCAAAAUCUGGUUUAGUUGAUUAAACAGGGCAUCCAGACUGACAGAAAAUACAAAGCGAGAGGAGUAGAGGAAGCUAUGCUAACUUUUAGUUUGUCUGGUAACUAGAGAGGGGUUCUUCUUCUUGUCAUUUUUAUUGUGAUGAAUGAGUGCAGACAUGUUAUACAAAUGGUCAACACAACCAGUCACUCCUCGUAUUGUGGCUAUCUUCAGGUCGCUUCCUAAUCCGCUAUACGUGGAAUGUCACGUGACCAAACCUGGAAAAGGGAUCGCUGACUUCCUGUGUGUGUUACGAUAACGACCACGUUUGAUUACAUGAUUGUGUGAAGCCAAACUUGCUAAAAUUUUAUUUUCUUUAUGGCUGGUGUCUUUAGACAAAAGUUAAACAUGUAUAUCGUUUAUUUACAGCAUAUAAAUAUAUGAUUUAUGUAAACACAAACAAAGCCUAAACCUUGAAUAUUGUCAUCUUUGGUGGCUCUUUGGUGACAUCUUGUGCUAAAAAAAGAUUGUAGACAUUUAAAGUCCCUACAGUUGCUUUGUCACGGCCCCCUUUGCUAUUCACCCAAACUGGGAGCAAUUGCUUAGAUCCGUUUUGCCGAUUGUGGAAGUAGGUUGUGCAUAAACUGGAGUGGCUAUUGUUACUAGUCACAUCACAAUCACAGAGUGUGCGGCUCAGCCUUACUUGGUGUUGACCACACACAUAACAAUUUGCAAUAGUAAAUAUUGAACAGGUUUAACUUGUACGAUUGUCGGCCUUAACCGUUUACUGAGCAAAUCUGGAAGGUAAAAUACACCCCACGCCACAGGAUAAUCGCUCAGGAUUGCCUUUUAGGGAUAUCCGACAAUCUGGCAUUUUCUAUCUUUGAUCGGAAAAAGGGGGGACUUGGAAUUUCAUUAAAAGUGGCUAGACUGGCCAUGAUGGACGUAUUGGAAGCAGCACCACUUCAGAAAGUAGAAGGAAGGAAGCUUGAUGUUGCAGAAAUUAACAUGUUGAGAUGGAUGUCCAGAGUAACUAGAGAGUAACUCAAGUUUCAAAGAAAGUACAAGAAGCACGGAUGUGGUGAUUUGGACAUAUGACAAGGAGAACUGGAGGACAGUGCGUAGGAAGUAAAGGGACUCGAAAAUGAGCUCUUGGAGAAAGCUCAGAAAAAAAACGGUGAGCCUGUUUAAGGAAAAGGUGUGAAGAAGAUUGGAAGGGAGGGAAUGCUUAAAUUGGGCCUGAUUAUUGGGAUAAUGGGGCUCAGUAAGAUGCGAGAGUUGAGAACAUCCUCCUAUCCAUCCUUUGCAACUUGACAAACUGAUGAAAAGUGAAUGGAGUUAAGUUUAACCCUGCACCACGUGAAUUACU